AUGGGCAUACGUGUCCUCGAGCACACAACGUCAAAUGGCGGUGUGUUGGCCCUCAAAGUCAAGCCCCAUGGUGCGCUCCAGCGCUCUGAAGCAGACAUGAUGCAAUAUGCUGCCACGCACGCUCAAGAGGCCGCUUGCGCACGUCUUGGUGCCGAAAAGACACCUGGAGAGUCAUUGGACACGGUGUGGGAUAAGCUCACCAAGUCAGAAAGGAAAUCCAUCAAGAAUCAGCUACACAGCCUACCUACAACGUCUACGAUCGACUGGAGCAAAACUACUGCGGGCCGUUUGAAGAUGAAGAGGCCUUUGACGCCUGGUGUUUGGAUCGAGUUCAAGCGAUCGAGUUUCACAGUGUGGAAGCCGCGCCGAUUCCUCGACAAGGCGCGCGGCACGCCAAACAGAUUUGUGCUUACGCAUUGCGACUUGACGCCGCGCAACAUCAUGGCCGAAAAUGGACGGGUAACUGGCAUUGUGGAUUGGGAAAGAAGCGGCUUCUUCCCGGAGUAUGCAGAGUACGCCUUUGCAAUGAAGCUCUGCCAUGAGCAUGAGAAAUGGUGGAUUCCAGUGCUGAAGGACUUGUUGGUACCUUGUGAGAAGACGAGGCUGGACUUGACAGAAAUGGUCGAGUAUUCAGGCUGGUGA